AUGGAUUACAGGAGAGGUGAUCCAUGGAUAGAACCUCACGGGUAUGCUUAUAGGUUCUUUUCUCUAGACGAGGGCAUUGGCCGCCCAGGUCGCGAUAUUCAGCAAUCUGAAAUUUCUGAUCCUGUAUCGCUAGGCCUUCGCUUAGUUGGAUCGGGCCUUGUAAAGAAGACUAAGAAAGCAUAUGCAAGUCCUUAUGUGUCAAAAGCUCGCAAUUUCUCCACAAACGACAUCGAGGGGCCCUCGAAUAGAGCCUGCAGCGCGAGCCUUGAGAAGCUAUCCCAAAGCGAUUCAUCUGAUGCUUUUAGUUGGCCAAGUACGAGUGAUUCCUCCAGUAUUUUCGACCCACACACUACGCCACCAGAGGAAGUAGUUGAUCAACACUUUCGUGAGCUCCUGGAAAGCAGAGCUUUCUUUUGGGGUAGUGCGCGAAGCGGCCUGAAAAAUCUAAGUUCUAAGCGCAAGUGGCAGCUUGUAUGCAAAGAACGUCUAAUGCGAGACGAAAAGGACAACACAGUGCGCCAACAGCCUGUAGCAGUCUUCGACGAAGCUGUGCUUGAGAAUUUAAUGACAAGACUUAGAUCUGGCGAAAACGCUGCUGCCAGUUUGUACCAGCUUGAGAAGCUACUCAGGAGAAACGACUUUUCUCGCGGUUUCCUUCGUUCGGAUGGAGUUGCUCGAUUAGCUGACGUUUUAGCGUCCUUCAAGAGAGAGGACAUGUACGUUUGUCUUAGAUGCUUCAAAACACUAGCAAACACCGAGGAAGGAAGAUUGAGUGUUGUAUCAGAGGACAGAGUUGUUAGUUACUUUUGCACUGGUCUCAUUAUAGAGCAGGUCCACCUCAGAGUUCAUUUACUAAGCGCGGAGCUUCUUCUUCUUUGCACCUACAUCGAAAGCCCAGGAGGCUCCAACACAGUACUGCACCACCUGGUACCACUAUUUCCAGAAUGGAUCUCCUCUAUCAGUCAAUUGCUUGAAUCUUCGAGCGAUGAUAUCACAAAUCCUGAUUUCAUAGCAACGCCCAAUUUUCAUCAAACGCAAAAAGACUACUGUCUGACAUCGCUAUUCUUAAUUAAUUCAAUGAUGCAGAUCAUCUCUUCAUUCAGAGAAAAGCUCGAGGUUGUGAAAAAGCUCAGAGAGUUAGGCAUUCAUCAGCUUUUUCGUACUAUGCAUGGGCUCGAAUACAAAGAGUUGGAAGAAGAGAUCGAAAAAUACGAGUUUCUGGAGAAAGAAGUUGUCGAAAAGACAAAUCCAGAGCUUCCGCAUUUUUUGAACAUAUCAUAUGGGAAUUUUCUUUCCACUAUCAUCCAGGAGGCUCACCACAAUCCUUUAGAGCAUUGCAUUUUUCAAAUAUUUGAAGAUCUGGCACAUUUAUUGAUUUCAAGAACAAUGUCGGAUAGUUUGAAAGCUCUGACAUUAUUUCGUACUGUGCUGAAUUAUUUGAAGGAGUAUAAUUAUGGGGAAGAAAAUACCAAAGUUGAGUCAGUUAUUAGUGUUUCACUAAAUCAGUUAGUUGAUAAUCUUCAGUCGGAUGAAAUAGCGGAAAGAGCAAUGUCUGAGCUCAAAACCGCUCAAAAUAGUAUCGAUCAACUUAAUUCGGAGAUUCAGAUUCUUCAAAAAGAGAGGAGUGUCUCGAAAGGCUCCAUAUUGUCUGAACUAGAGAAAAUAAAAAAGGAACUAUUCGCCAAAGAGUCGCUAAUUGGUAAGCUGGAAAAAGAGCUACAUCUCAGCAAUCAACAGAGGAAAAAUGAUAGAAAAAAAUUGGAGCAAGCUGCGGUGCAUAAGGUACCAAGGCUUCCAGCAAGAGCAAGUUCUUUAUCCGUUUUUGAACAUCUCAAAACCCAGACACUCAAGCACUCUCAUCAAAAGUCGCCUCGUCAAGCUUCUCUCUCUAAAAGCUCCAGAUUUUUAUCACUCAAGUCCGUUAUUGAUCAACAACUAGAAGGUGAAAAUAGCAGUUGGCAAACUCAUAACAAAUUAUCCACGCCGCUCAACAACUCUGUUGAUGAAGUUGAUAUUGAAAGUACUUCAAGCGGAUCACCAAGUACAGAAGAUCUCUCCUGCCAUUCUGUCGCUGAUCAAUCAAUUUCGAAUGGCCAUCCCGAUGGAUAUAAGUUGCGCCACUUGGGCUUUGAAGGGCACAAAAUUGAAACCCUUAACAGCCUGGUGAAAAAAACACCAAAUUACUUUCCUGAGACUCCUAUUCUUUCCCAAGAAACCUGCCCGGUCUUGAGUAAUUAUCAGCCUAAUGGUGCAGAUUGCAAGCCAUCAAAACAUAUCGGGAAAUCGUCUUCUGAGCUGGAAGCUGACAUCAAUGGCAAUCAAAGCCCAUCAAAAUUUUUACCUCCUCUUCCUUCUUCUCUUCCCGCUCCUCCCCCUCCUCCCCCUCCACUUCCAUCAAAUCUCGAAAGUGCCUCUAUAAAUUCCAUUGCAACACCUCAAGCCGUAACACAGCCAAUUGCAGUGAAUUCUAAAACGCCCCCAACUGCGCCUCCACUUCCGGAAAACCUAUUAGCGUCCAAGGUUUUGGUACUUGAUUCAAAUGAGGAACUCAAAAACCUAGCUGCUCCCCCACCACCACCUCCGCCACCUCCUCUUCCUUUGGCCCUUAGUACUAAAAAAGUCGACACAACAUCUAAUGGUUUUGUUAGUGGCGCAACCCAAAAAAGCGCCCCUAGGGCACCUCCACCUCCCUCUAACCUUAUUGGAUCGAAGGAGGUUCAUUCAAUUGUUGAGGCUGUUACUGAAAACAGCAACUUAAAGCUCAAGCAAAUCCACUGGGACAAGCUAGAAGACGUCUCGGAAACAAUUUGGAGCCAAGAAGGAGAGCGUCAAGACGCGGCUCGUCAUUUGGAAAGCUCUGGAUUCUUAGAUGAGAUUGCAGAACUUUUUCGAGUGAAUCAAUCCUUGCCUAUCAAGGCAAAAUCGGAAACCUCGAGCGGAAAGGACAAAGUCUCUAUUUUGCCGCGAGACCUUGCCCAACAAUUUGGAAUCAACCUGCACAUGUUUUCUAACCUUUCAGUUGACGAAUUUGUUAAUAAAGUAUUACACUGCGAUCGUGAUGUUGUCAACAAUCAAAGCGUUUUAGAGUUUUUUGCCCGCGAAGAUCUGAGUAUUAUUCCGCGAAGUAUAGCAUCUAAGCUGGAGCCUUACGCAACCGAUCAUCAGCCCAAUGAGGCACCCCUUUUGGAUCGCGAAAAGCUUGAGAGGGCCGACCGAAUCUUUUUGGAGCUCUGUUACAACUUGAGGAGUUACUGGCGCCCGAGGUCACUGUGCCUCCUCACCCUAUCAACAUAUGAAAAGGAUUACUUUGAUCUGAUAUACAAAUUGCAGCGGGUCGAUGAUGCCAUAAAUAUCAUCAAAAACUCUGCAAAGCUCAAGGACACUCUCAUGAUGAUUAUUGAGAUUGGUAAUUAUAUGAACAGGAAACAAGCAGGUGGAAUCAGACUUAGCUCACUCCAAAAGUUGACCUUUGUGAAGAGUAGCAAAGACAAAAACAUGUCACUUUUGCACGCUGUUGAAAGAUUCUUGAGGGUUAAAUGCAGGAGUGCGUAUGGCUUCGUCGAAGACUUAUCGAGGGUCCUUGAUCUGGGCAACCUGAUGGUUGGCCAGAUCGAACAAGACUUUCAUGAGUAUACACAAAGAAUAUCGGGGGUCAAGCAGUCCUUGGAGCAGGGGCGCUUGUCCAAACCAGAAAACUUCCACCCCGAAGACAGGCUUCUCAUAAAAGUUGGUCCGAAGAUCGCUGGAGCCACCCGCAAAGCGAGCUUACUCCGGAAUCAGUUCGUGCUAACUAUGCGAGCCCUGGAGAACUUGAUGAAGCUUUACGGAGAAGAUCCCAGUAACAUAGACAGCAAAAACGAGUUUUUCCAGCAUUUUAUCAACUUCGUCUCUCAAUUUAAGAAGGUCGCCAAAGAGAACGAGGAAAAGGAAGCUGUCGAAAGGAUAUACAUUCAAAGAAAGGAACUUUUACAGAAUAGGAGCAAAGAGCACUCCAGUUCCUCCCAGGGCAGCGCUAGCGAGGGAGAAGAUAAUACAGUCGACAUUCUUAUCAAGAGGCUCCGUGAGGUUAAUAACGAAAAAAGCACACAAAGGCGUUCGGCUAAUCAUAACUCAGAGGAUCAUUUAUUCACAAGAACGCAGCAUUUACUUGACAGCAUUCAGAAGAUAUAA